AUGCCGGGACGCUGCCCUGUGUACUACGACGGGAAGAAUUGCAACUUUUUGAUACAAAAUAUCAUCAAACAACACAUGACCGCUAUUAAAAACUGCGUGAACGUACACAUGAACGGGUGGUACGGUACUUUGUCGCUAAAUACAAGGACACUGUGGCCAAAUGGAAGUAGAAGAAGAUUGUGUACGAGCAGCUGUUCGGCCGCCAUUCGAAUGUCGAGCAAUUGGACGACAAAGUACGAGAGUUUGUGGACGAGUCCGGCAUUGACAGAGACUUUUUCAAAUACAACAGCGACAAGGAUUAGUGGUCGAGAAUACCUUUUCUACACAAACUUUGUGUGUGGUUCGCUGCAAACGGACUCGAGACUUUUGCCAUUUUCAGGUGUUCAGACUCAGCCUUAA